AUGGGGGAGAGGCUGGGCCGUCCCAGGCCCUUUUUAACCCGUGGACGCACUUUCGGAUGGUCCAGCAACAGCGUCAAACUGAAAAACUGCACCCACAACGGGCAUGACUUCCUAGGACAGAGCUCGGAACACAGCCUGGAGGCGGCAGCGCCCAAUGCUUCCCUCACUGUGGCCCACUCUCCUGUUUCACUGGAACUGGAGCCCAUGGUGAAUAAUGGAUCAAGCGCACCCGCCGCUCCAGGUGGCCACACAAAGGAUCCAUCGGCGCACAGUGAGCGCCGCCAGCCUCUCUCCAUCGCCACCGGACUGGUCCCCGGAGAGACGUCGCACCCGCUUCCUACCGCUGCCCGCUUCACGCACAGCCCUUACCACGCCAAGACUAGCAUGCAGGGUGAUGUGUACAACUUCCUAGAGAGACCCGCCGGCCUGAGGUGCUUCCUGUAUCACUUCCUAGUGUUUCUCAUGGUCGUAGUGUGCCUCAUAUUCAGCGUCCUGUCCACGAUCGAGCAGUAUGCAGAUUUUGCCACAGGAACUCUCUUCUGGAUGGAGAUCGUGUUGGUGGUGUUUUUUGGAACAGAGUAUGUGGUUCGUCUCUGGUCCGCUGGCUGCAGGAGUAAAUACGUGGGCAUUAAAGGCCGUCUGAGAUUCAUCAGGAAACCCAUCUCAAUCAUAGAUCUGAUCGUGGUCGUCGCCUCUGUUGUGGUUCUGAGCGUCGGGUCCAAUGGGCAGGUCUUCGCCACAUCAGCGAUUAGGGGAAUCCGUUUCCUCCAGAUCUUACGUAUGUUGCAUGUGGAUCGUCAGGGUGGAACGUGGAGACUUCUGGGAUCGGUGGUCUUUAUUCAUCGGCAGGAGCUGAUCACCACGCUCUACAUCGGGUUUCUGGGUCUGAUCUUCUCCUCGUAUUUCGUGUAUCUGGCGGAGAAGGACGCAGUAGACGAGGAAGGAAAGACGGGCUUCUCCAGCUACGCUGAUGCUCUGUGGUGGGGCGUGGUCACAGUGACUACAAUAGGCUACGGAGACAAAGUCCCUCAGACAUGGAUUGGAAAAGCCAUCGCAUCCUGUUUUAGUGUGUUUGCGAUAUCUUUCUUCGCUCUCCCUGCGGGCAUUCUGGGAUCAGGCUUUGCUCUUAAAGUUCAACAGAAACAGCGACAGAAACAUUUUAACCGUCAGAUUCCCGCCGCGGCCUGUCUCAUACAGACGCUGUGGCGAUGCUAUGCUUGCGAGAAGCCCGACGGCUGUGCGGCCACAUGGAAGAUGUACGUGCUGACGGGCGACUACAUCCCUAUCAUCAACUCUGAAAACUUCAGUCCGGGAAACUUCAGGCGACUGAGCAAACGUUAUAAACGGAAGCCCAAGUUGAUGCGUGACAACGGUUCUCUGGGUCCUGGAGGAGAGAGAGCGGUCUCCAUCCCUCAAAUUACCUACGAUCACAUCGAUGAUAAAGAAGGAGUCUUUCCAGAGGAGCCCGCAGGUAUAACAAGUAUCUAUAUCCACAACCGCCAGCGCUCGUGGUCGGCUUUCACGCUCAGCUGUCCUUCCUCUCCAGUUAAGAAAAAGUUGGACGGUCCAUACAUCUCACGGAACAACAGUCUUGUUGACGAACUCGACUUCACUGGAGAAGACAUCCCCUUACCUGUACUUACAGAUGCUUCACAUCUGUUGAAAAGCCCAUUUGUGGCAAAGGAGGAAGAUUCGGUCUCCACUCAGCACCUGAAUUCAACCAGACUUUCCCACGCUCACAGAUCUGCCGUCAAGGUCAUCAGAAGGAUGCAGUACUUUGUGGCUCGACAGAAAUUUCAGCAAGCGAGGAAACCAUACGACGUGCGAGACGUGAUUGAGCAGUAUUCACAGGGCCACCUCAACAUGAUGGUUCGGAUCAAAGAGCUGCAGAGAAGGUUGGAUCACACAUUGGGAAAACCGGGGAUGUUCCUGCCAGAGAAAGGUGUGGAUAAAGAUUAUUAUACAGUGGGAGCCCGACUCAUACGACUGGAAGAUAAGGUGCUUCAGAUGGACGUCAAGCUGGAGAACGUUCUGAAGAUCCUGGUGGAGCAUUUCCAGUCCAAACCAGAACUCCUGCAGAAACCCAACCAGUACAGCUCUCGGAUCACCGUCAUGAAACGGCUGGGUGUAAGCAUGGACGGGAGCCAAUGAGAGCCAUUAUAGACACUCACAAACUCACAUAUGAGGAGAAACAUGGUCCAAGAUGAAAAACAUUGGUUUUCACCUUUCUAUCUUGGGUUUUACACUUCAAUGUAAAAUCAUUCUGAACAUGAAGGUUCCUUUUUUCGACAUAAAGACGGAUGUGUCUGGAUGUCCAUUCUCAUAUCCUACUAGAACAAUGUCCUCUUUAUUUGAUUUGUUUUCUGGUCAAUGCUUUGGUGUUACACCAAUGGACUAAAACAGCAUAAAGGUCAAAAUCAUAAAUCAACUUCUGUGAGACCAGGUUGUGAGAAGCAGAAGUGCUCAAGGGUUUUUUUUUUCUGUUAAGGCUCGACAUAAAGACCGCUUGGAUGACAUUUCACUUGCUCUCCGUAUGUCCAUGCCUGUUGCCUACUCAAAAAUGUCCAAGCGAAAAUCUUAAACUCUUCUAGAACAGUGUAGAUUUUACUUGCAUGGGCUUUGUAAGACCCAUUUUGGUCAAACAAGGACAAUUCACGAAAACAAAACAGAAGUUGAAAUUAUAAAUCACAUUUUCCAGCUACAACAGCAGGACAACGAAUGCCGGCUGUUGAUGUAUAGCUGUGGUAGGGCUUAUCAAAACAGCAAAACACCCACGAUAGAUUCUAACGAUAUUAAUAGUGCACUGAGAAAGGAGGAUAUUCAGGGCUGUUGGCAUUGUGAAGAGUGCCAAGAUUUUCAACAGUGCAUCUGUCACAAUUCCAACAACGCUACAAGACUUUGCCCUCAUCCGCCUUUAAUCCCGCAAAGGAUCAUUUUAGAUGCAUUUGUUUUUAGCAAAUCCCUGAUUAUUUUACUUAUCCAAUUUAAAUAAAUGUUGAAAGUCGAGGCAGGUUGACGGGAAAAACCAGUGAAAAAUUAAUGGAACAAAAAGCAAUUCAGUCGAAGUCUUCCACCAUUUUUUUCCAUUACCCUCAAAAGCCUUAUGAGGAAGCAACUGAGAAUUUUCUCUAAACAUGUUCGUCAGUUGCACAGAAUUAAUGUUUUUCAUUUACUGUUUUAUAAAGCAAUAAGCCAUGAGAGGCUGGAUGUUUUUAGACCUAAAAACCCUUUAACCCUUGUUGUGGUCACACAUUUUAUGUUCCCGGUCAAAAAUGACCGGCCCACUAAGAUUGUUUAUAAAUCUCUCAUAUUGCAUAUAUUAUCAUAUAUUAUAUUUAUCAAAUCCUUUUUUAGGAAUUGUGACAGGUUUUGUACUCCUUUUUUUGAACAUAUUUUAUAUACAUAUAUGUUUUAUUGAUAGAACUGUGCUUCCUGCGGAAAACAAACAAAAUAAAUGUAAUAAUUACAUAAUAAAUUAAUAACCACUUGCUUGAAGUGAACAAAAUAGGUGUCAAUUUAAAGCUUAGAAUCUGGACUUGAAUAUACAUAUAGCUUGAUCCUACCAAUUCUUAAAUAAUGCUUUUUAAUUGGCUGACAAAUAAGAACUGUUUCCUUCUCAUCAUUUACAAUAAUUAUAUUAAGAUUUGGUAAAACCAUAAAAAAAAGAUGAGAUAGCCAUGUGUUAUAUAUUGUUGGAAAUGUCUCAAUCAGUAAAAUGCAAUGAGCAAAUUUGUUUCACUCAGAGGUCAAACUGCAGUGAGUUUUCUGCACAGACACAUAUAAAUAUAAUAAACAAGAGUGUCUUUUUGUCACAUUUUUCCUUAUUACAUCCUGAAACAUACAUAUAACAUAGACAAUGACAUAUCAUAACUUACAACAGACUAUCCCGAUUCAAACGAGCCCAAACACAACAUAAUAUGAUGAGUAGAUCUUGAAAUAUUCCUCAAAGAAUGUACAUGGAAAGACGAUGCACAAAAGGGCCCUCAACACACAUUGUGUGUUUGUGUGUGUGUGUGUGUGUGUGUGUGUGUGUAUGUGUGAGCACAUGUCCGAGGACUUUGUGUGUUUAAACACACACCCACAUACUGUAUAUGCUCAUCUAAAGGAUUGUGAUGCUUCUGAACACCUAAUAUUUCUGUAUUUUGUAGUCUAAUCCAUUCAUUUCCAAUGGCCGGUCAUUUUUGACCGGGAACACAACAAGUGUAACAAAGUGAAAUAACACCACAAUAAUUUAAAGGAAAUUGUCCAGUUUUUGUGUGUGUUUCAGAUAACAUAUGUGAACAUAGUCAAGGGAUUUUAUUCCAAUUGGAUUAAGUAUGAAAAUAAAAUAAAAAAAAAACGUCAGGAAAAAAAUGUCGACCGGAACACAACAAAAGGGUUAACUGUGGUAAAAUUACUGUAACACAUGGCUUCAAGUGGUUUAUUGCUUUAAUAAAAUGGCAUCAAACAGCAAUAUGAUUAAAGAAACCAAUGUUCAUUAGAUAGUAACAUUUAUUAACAUUAAUAAUCUGAAUUAACAAUUCUUCCAUUAAGUAAUAUAAUUAGACUGAGGCCACAUCCACACUAACUCCUUUUCAUUUGAAAACUCUGUUUUCAAUUUCUGACUGUAAACGUUUCCCAAAAUAUGCAGUAAUGCAAAAUGCCAGUUUUUCAGUGGAGGAAAACGCUGUUCUAGUGUGAAUGAGAGGCAUAAAUGUUGCAAAAUCUAUGUUUUAGUGUGGGCGUGGCCUAACUGUAGGCUGUUUACGGUUGCCAAGAAUAUAUGUAAUAAUAUAGAAUGUGCGGUCACAGUUGUGCGUUUAUCAGCAUUUUACAACGCUGCUCAUACAUUCAGAAUUUAUAGCUGGAACUAUCUGUUUUAUAAAGUAAAUUAUACGUUUUACUUUAAUUAUACGGCACAACAGAAGCUGAGAACCUGAAAAACUGUUAAAUAGUUUUACUUUUUCAUUUUCCUCCUCUGUGAACUUCAAAGAUGUUCGAAGUCUGGGUUGUGUACGUUUACGGGGGACUCAAAGAAAAGCAGUGUUUUCAAAAAAUGAAUUAUAUUCCUAUUGCUGACAUGACUCUGUACAGUUUUACAAAAAAAGAAAAUGUAAAUAUUGCCUUAUAUUUAUUUCAAUGUGGUGCAGAAUGGUUUGCGUUCAAAUUCUGAUGGAAUGACAACUGUGAUCUGUUGUAAUCAUUUGCUCUGGAAAACUGGUGUAAAUAAAAUAUGCAUUUAAUUACGUAUCAUGUUGCAUUUUGGCUGCGUGAAUGCAAGCAUACCUGCCACACUUUGUGUAGUCGAAGAAUGAGUCACACCGAUCAUGUGUUAAUGAUUAAAGUUCUGGAACCUCAAACAUUGUUAAACAGGCCAGAGAAAUUAAAAAUGACUGGAAAUUUUUCCAUUGACAUAUUCCUGUUUACCAAACCACUAUUUUGUGUGCCUAUUUUUACAAAAGGGUUCAAGGACUUGAAUUUCUACUAAAUUAUAUUGGCAUUCAAAGGCCAAAACAUACGACAGAUGUCCCAAAACCAACAGGUUCCCAAGAGAGAGAACUGGAAGUGAAGUUUUGGCCCGUGCUUUUAGGUAUUUUCACACUUGGUUCAUUCCAGAAGUUCACAUUCAUUCUGGCUCUUAUGUGAACGCUCUAAAUGGGCCCAUUAAAGAGAAAUCGCAGAAAUUACACACUUCGGCUUUAAACUCCUGAGACCCGAGCGUAACUGCUGUGUGCAUUUUCCAUCCCCAUUUUUUGAUUUGUAACUAGUAGCCCCUAAUAAACAUAAAAAAA